GACUGAAUUGCCCUUUCCUUUCUUUCCCCUCUUCUCCAAAGAACAAUGACAGACCGAACUGUUACACAAUCUUCAUUUUGCAAUCUGGAAUAGAACUUUUCAAUGGGAAGCUUCUCUGUUUACCGUGAGGCAUGUCCGAGUAUAAAGAACAUUCUCCUUCUAGACUCAGAAGGGAAGCGCGUAGCGAUCAAGUACUACUCGGAUGAUUGGCCGACAAAUGCUGCAAAGUCUGCUUUCGAGAAGUCUGUGUUCACAAAAACACAGAAAAUCAAUGCGAGAACCGAAGCGGAAAUAGGAAUGUUUGAGAAUUCAAUCGUCGUCUAUAAGUUCAUACAAGACCUUCAUUUCUUUGUAACCGGAGGUGAAGAGGAAAACGAGCUGAUCUUGGCAACGGUUCUUCAAGGUUUUGUUGAUGCAGUUAGUCUCCUGCUCAGGAACAAUGUUGACAAAACAGAGGCUCUUGAGAAUUUGGAUCUCAUUCUUCUAUGUCUUGAUGAAAUUGUUGAUGGAGGAAUGAUUCUUGAAACAGAUGGUAGCAUCAUUGCAGGAAAAGUAGCAUCACAUAACAUGGAUGAGACCGCCCCAUUGGCCGAGCAGACCAUAUCGCAAGCUUUGGCGACAGCUCGCGAACACUUGACAAGAUCUCUUCUGAAAUGAAUCAUACCGGGGACUAUUUUUAUCGAUGAAAAAUUGAAUCGCGAUUUAAGUAUAAUCAUAUUAUUUCACACGAGCCAUUUGCUUCUUAUCGCGAUUUAAGUAUAAUCAUAUUAUUUCCCACGAGCCAUUUGCUUCUUCUCACUCAAUUCUGGACUAUGGCACUAGGAUUCUUUGGCCUGUUUUCUUGUUCUUAACAAAUAUUUUUUCUAAUUUGGUUAUUAUAUUUGUAAUGAGGAGAUGUUUCCUAGUUUGGACUCCUCUCAA